AUGUACCUGCUGAAAAAACGGCUGGAACUGAACCAUGCGGGGCGGAUAACCAGUGUAGCCUUGCUGAGGCACCCCCCCCGCAGAGCAUUCAAAAUAAGGGUGAAGAAUUUCGCAUACGCAAGAAGCAUAUACGAAUGCAGCACUUUGCAAGAUGUGAAGCAUAGUGAUAGUUCCCAGGGUGUAAAUGUAAGGGGAACCUUGCCACCGAAGUUCCCCCCCCAUGGGAGGGAUGCCAGUAGUAUGUACAAUGAGAAUCUACGGGGUGUAUUCUUUUCCAACAGCAUGGAUGACGUGAAAGACUAUUUUGAUAACAAUUUUAACGAAAUGAAAAAUCACGAAUAUGUGUAUUUGCUGUUUAAAAUGUAUGAAAUUAUUUUUUCUAAUUUUUACAAAACGUACGAAUCUUCCGACAUUUUGAGGCUGGACAAUCCGCAGUUCAGAUUUAUGACCCUUCACCAGUACGUAGAUGACUGGGUAGGGAGGUACAACCGUAGCAGUCGCAAGAGGGGUGUAGCAGCAGAAGGGGAAAAUGAAAUUCUAUUUUACGAAAAUGGUGAGCAAAAUGGUACUUGUGAUAAAAUGUUUGAGAGCGAGGGGGGCAGCAGUCCGUCCAGCGGGGUAUGCCAUAAAACGGGUAAGGAACAUCCCCCGUGGGAGGAUUCUGAACGGUUGAAGGGGGCGAAGAGGGAAAUGUACCUUAUAGAGGAGCACACCUAUGAAGAAGACACUUCCCAGCUAGACGGAGCGGCUAACCACCCCCCGAGCAGUUACUACACCCCCCAGGUUAACCUUAACACCCUGAUGGAGAUACACCUCAACUACGUGCAGUACAUGGAAAAAUUAAACAUCAAGGAGAGCACAUGGAAAGACUUCGUUUCAUCCUUCAUGGUAAGGAAGUACGAAGAGCUGUACAGAAAUGUGCUAAACGUAAUUUAUAAAAAGAUUUUUUUUUUUUCCUGCAAAGAUGUUAUUAACUACCUGUAUGUAACGAAACGGAUCAACCUCCUGUCCAUAAGGGAAGUCAGCGUGUUAGCGGAAAACGUCAUUUUGCAAAAUGUGAAGUACCUGGAUGAGGACUCCCUAGUGAGAGUAGGCUACAUAUAUUUGAACAACUCCAACAAGCAGAAAAACAUCCAUCAUAUAGGCAGAUAUGGUAGUAAAAACUUUUUAGAAACUUACCUAAGCUUAGUCCAGAUGAAGGUAAAAUCAAUGAGUACUGAAAAUUUUGUGAAAAUCCUCGAGUACGUAAGUAGCAACAAUUACAAGCAUGUUCAGAUUUUUAGAGACCUCAAAGGUGAAGUGUACAAGAGGUACAAUAGCCUGACGAAGGAGCAGGUGGUGAAGCUCUUCUUUUUGUACUCCCAAAAUGUGAAUGCGGCUGACGAUGUUUUGAUGCGCAACUUUGUGAGGGCCAUAAAUGGUAUGUUUGCCCCAGAGGGGGGUGCAGAUGCCGCCGCGGAGGGGCGUUGCCAGGAGCGCCAGUUGGACGAGUUGGACAAGGUGGAUAAGGAAGACAUGGUGGACAACUCGGGCCGGCCCGCGGGGGGCAUCCCCCUGUCGGUGCUGCUGAACGGAAUAUGGGCAAGCGCCAAGUAUUUCAAGGACUACCCCUUCUUGCUGAUAAAGAGCGAAAAGGUAAUUUUGGAAAACAUCAACCACUUUAGCGCCAGCACUGUUAGCAUGCUCAUUUGGGCGUACAGCACGGUCGAAGGGAAGAACCCCCAAGUGCGGUUCAGCAGCGGGUUAUAUUUCCAGUUGAAGGAGAGGGCCCUGGAGUUGCAUCGGGAAAUGACUCCCAAGCAGCUGUCCAACAGUGUGCUUGGGUUGGCGAUCACCGUUGGGCGGACGGUCAGUUGGGAUGGGCGAGUGGACACAGAACUGCAUGAGGUGGUUGAGGGGUACCUGCUACACAUGGGGGGGGUCGAAAACAGGGUUAGCAGCGUAGGGGGCCAGCCAAAAGCUCGCACCGCAGAGGGGACCUUCCUAAACCUCUUCACAUCGGAAGAUUUGUCAAACCUGUGUUAUGCCUACUCGCUUGUUCGGAGCGGCAGCAGAGAACUGCACAGUCUGAUCCAGUCAGCCAUACUGAAGAAGCAGAGUGACUUGUCCCCCCAGCAGAUAGCCAAAAUAGCGUACGCCUAUGGAAAUAUGCACUUCUACGCGUCGUACACUUUGCUGAGUUCAUUACAGUAUGAAAUUUUGCAAAGGAUGCACCAGUUUUCUCACCACGAAGUGUGUGACAUCUUAUGGUGCUACUGUGUGAAUAGAUUUUUCGACGCCACUUUUUGGAAAUGCAUGUUGCGUGCAAUUGAUAUGGAGAAGUUGGGGGACUUUCGUUGCUGUCUGUUGUACUCCUGUCUGUCUUAUGUCAAUCUGAUCGACCCGUCCAUCCUAGAUUCGUACAACACGCUGCGAGUGUUUCACUUGGUAGGUGAACACUACUGGCGAUUUCAGGGUGAGGAGUAUUUGCACGGGUUCGCGGAGGACGUGGUGGAGGCGAUGUGCAGGGAGAAUGCCUUGGUGGGGGGGGGAAGUGGAGGACAGGAAGAGAAGGAGGAGACGGGGGAGACGGAGCAGAAGCUAGGACAAGAGGCAGACCCCCCCACACGUGGACGCCAGCGGGGUCACCCCUUCGAAUGUGUUAAGAAGGCAUACGAUUAUGAAGGCUUCCUAAUUGACAUUUACUUUGAGCACAUGGGUAGGCGAUAUGCCGUGUUUCUGUACAGCGCACUGAACACAAGCUCGAGUGGGUACCCCCUGGGGGAGAGCGUGCUGAAGGCUCGGUACUUGAGGAGGAAGAACAUCAGGACGGUUCACUUGCUUCACAGCAUAUGGAGCGAGUGCCGCGGGAGUCGAAUCGAGUUGCUCUACGCGCAGUUGUGA